AUGGGUCUUUUUCGACCUCCUAAACGGACCCAAACGGUCUUGCCUGACAAGCCCACCAAGGGUCACUUCUUCUUCGCGGGCAAGGAAUUCCAGCGUCUUCAAUGGUGGAAGAGACGUAACAUGCGCACUCUGUAUUUUUAUAUUGUUAUUCUGAUUCUAACAAACACCGCAAAUGGAUUCGAUGGUUCCAUGAUGAACGGUCUUCAGACCUUAUCCUACUGGCAAGAAUAUUUCAACCACCCUCGUGGUUCCGUCCUUGGCCUCUUCAAUGCUUCCAUGAGUCUUGGCUCCCUUAUCGGUCUUUUCUGUGUUCCUUAUAUGAUUGAUCGUCUCGGCCGAAAGAUGGGUGUCAUUAUUGGUUGCCUCGUCAUGCUUCUCGCCGUUGGUUUACAGUCUGGUGCUCGCAACUUUGGCAUGUUUGUCGCAGCUCGUCUUCUGCUCGGAUUCGGCGACUGUAUUGUCCUUGGCUCAGCCCCUCUUCUCAUCGCCGAGAUUGCACACCCUCAGGACCGUGCUAUCCUUGUCACCCUCAGUGGCGCUUCUUACCACUCAGGUGCUUUCAUCUCCAGUUGGGUCACCUACGGUACUCUCCAGAUCAAGAGCGACUGGUCAUGGAGACUACCCAGCCUUCUCCAGUCAAUUUGCAGUGUCGUCAUUCUUGUUGGAAUUUUCUGGAUGCCAGAAAGCCCACGUUGGUUGCUCAGCAAGGAUCGCCAUGAUGAGGCACUCAAAGUGCUUACUCACUACCAUGGUGAGGGUGAUGUGGAUGAUGAAUUUGUUCAGCUUGAGUUCAGUGAGAUCAAGGCAGCCAUUGCUCUAGACAAGGAGAUUGGACAGACUGGGUGGGCAGACUUUCUGAAGACAAAGGGCAACCGGAAGAGAAUCGGCCUUAUCACAGCUCUUGGAUUCUUCAGUCAGUGGAGUGGCAAUGGUCUGAUCUCCUACUACCUCAAGGGUAUCAUGGAUGCUGUGGGCAUUACCAAGGCUGAGACUCAGCUUGGUAUCAACGCCGGUAUGAAGACUCAGGGUCUGAUCAUCAACACCACCUUUGCCUUCUUCAUUGAUUACUUCGGUCGUCGACCUAUUUAUCUGACCUCGACCAUUGGAACAUGCGUCAUCUUCAACUUCUGGACCAUUGUCUCUGCUCGAUAUGAGAUUGACCCCAACAAGGCACUGGGAUACGCUUUCGUCGCUCUGACCUUUAUCUAUGGUUUGUUCUACGAUGUCAAGUCCGGUCUGAUGGCCAACUACACCACCGAAAUCCUGCCAUACGGUCUUCGUGCCAAGGGAUUCACUUGGCUCAACUUCUGUGUCACUGCCGCAUUGUUCUUCAACCAAUACAUCAACGGCAUCGCGCUUGACGCCAUGGGUUGGAAAUACUACUGUGUAUAUUGCGUGUUUCUUGGAUUUGAAGUAUACAUCAUUUACUUCUUCCUUAUCGAGACUCGGUACACACCCAUGGAAGAAAUCGCCCAGUACUUCGAUGGUGACGAUGCUGUGGAUGUUGGAGAGGUCGCUCGGGCAGAUAUGAAGGACAGAGGAAUGCUUGUGGAGGAGGAGAAGGGUCCUCAUGCUACCACCAUUGAGAGAUUGGAAAGUCAGAAGUAG